CGCGCCUCCUCCGCGGCGCCGGGCGGAGCGGAGGGGCCGGGAGGCAGCCGGAGCCUGAGCCCGCGCGCCGGGAGCGAGCCCCAAUGGCCGCCGCCUCGCCUGCGGUGGACGAGCUGUCCCGGAACUUCACGUACUGGGCGCUGGGCGCCGCCAACGGCUCCCUGUCGGGCGCGUGGUACCGCAGGAACCAGAUUCACCUGUUGGGAGUUUUGCUAGCCAUUUUAGGAAAUUUGGUAAUGAGUAUUUCCCUAAAUAUUCAGAAAUAUUCUCACGUCCAGUUGGCGCACCAGGAACACCCAAGGCCCUACUUCAAGAGCGCGUUGUGGUGGGCUGGGGCUGCCCUCAUGGCUGUGGGUGAGAUGGGCAACUUCGCCGCCUACGGAUUUGCUCCCAUUACUCUCAUCGCCCCAUUAGGCUGUAUGUCUGUCACAGGUAGCGCCAUUAUUUCUGUUAUGUUUCUGAAAGAAAACUUAAGAGCUUCAGAUUUACUAGGUAUGACAUUGGCAUUUGCGGGAACAUAUUUAUUGGUGAACUUUGCUCCAGAUAGAAAUCAGUCUAUCUCUGCAAGAACAGUCCAGUAUUACUUUGUUGGCUGGCAGUUCCUGAUCUAUGUGAUUUUAGAAAUAUUAAUUUUCUGCACUCUGCUGUAUUUCCAUAAGAGAAAGGGAAUGAAGCACAUGGUGAUUCUGCUAACCCUGGUGGCACUUCUAGCCUCGCUGACUGUUAUUUCGGUAAAAGCCGUCUCGGGCAUGAUCACUUUUUCUGUGACGGAGAAAACGCAGCUAACUUAUCCCAUCUUCUAUAUCAUGUUUAUCAUCAUGAUCGCAUCUUGUGUUUUCCAAGUCAAGUUCCUGAGCCAAGCCACGAAGCUCUACGACACGACGAUGGUGGUGCCGGUCAACCAUCUUUUCUUUACGACCAGUGCCAUUACUGCAGGUAUCAUAUUUUAUCAGGAGUUCCAUGGUGCAGCUUUUCUAACUGUAUUUAUAUAUAUUUUUGGGUGUUUUCUAUCAUUCCUUGGUGUGUUUUUGGUCACAAGAAAUCGAGAAAAGGAGCAUCUGCCACAGUCCUACAUUGAUUUUGGAAAUAUUCCAGGGAAACAAAUGUUGGACAAAAUACAGCCAGAUUCAAAUGGCUUAUCCUACGGAACCCUGCCUGAUGGAAGUGACUCAACAAAGAGCCAAAGUGGAGAGAAGAAGGAGGUCUGAGCUGCCGAGAGGGAUGCCACUGGCCUGUUAUUCGAUCCCACCUUUAAAAACCCUCCCCUGUGUCCCAGCUAGGUCUCGCUGAUGUGCACAAGCAUCACCAUCCCCGGACCCUCGACCCCACCUCCGUCUGCACGGACAGCUGGGGCCUUCCUAAGCUUUGACAGUCUCAUGUCUUCACAGAAGGGGAUUUGAAGUGUUCCCACACUCUGGAUGCCCCCCUCGUGAACAUCGACCCAGCUAGAUCUUAAUUAGAGCCUGGCUUCCUGAGCAGGACCGUCACACAAAAAUGUGCGUUCACGAUUUGGCUACAGAACACACCCAGGCUGCUUUUCCCACACGACUUCGAGCGUCGGCUGCUUGGCUUUAAAGAGACACGUUCAUCCCCAACCUCGCUCCAGUACUUAAGGUUUGAGAGGAUCCGUUUCUCCUACGAUGUCUUUUAUGAGCCUCCGCCAUAAGGAUCUCACCUUUCUAGUCCUGAGUUAGAACGGUGAAUCAUCUUUUUCUGAAAAUGAGCCCUGUUCUAACUGCCCUUUGAAAAUUCAGACUAUCUUUAAAAUGAGAGUCUGUAAGUGGCCUUCCAUGAUGUGUAUAUCUUGACUGGUGAACUUUUUCAAAUGAAGAAAGGAACAGUUUAAGAAUUAAGACCAGUUUUUCAAAAAAUACAGAAUGAUGAGCAUUUUCUUCAGCUACAUGAUCCGAUCAUACUUGAAUUGAGACUGAAAACUUCAUCUCCUAUGCCGGUAUUUCUGUGGGUCUUAUGACUUACCUAGCAGGUUUAUUGUACGUUUUAACUCUUGACGCAAGUCUCAAAAAUUGUAUUUAAGUUCUAAGUGUUAUUUUCACGAGCACACCAUUUCCUCCCCCAAGUUAUUAUCCCAAACUUUAUAAAUUCUUCUCGGCAAGAGUACAGCUAUGAGUAGAGAAUUGGAUUUUAGCCAUUUACGUCUGUAGAUGUAGCCAGAUGGCCCAACCUGCGUCUAGAGAGGAAGGCCAUGUGCUCCUGGACCUGAAUGGCUUUUCUUCUGUGACUGGUCACUUAUCUACCAAGAUUCAUUUGCAGAUAGAGUUCAUAAUCCUAUAUGUUAGUUAUGAUCUACUAAUAUAUUUAAAUGACAAGAAAAGAGCUAGCCUUUACGGUAAACAACAUCAAGUCAGAAGCCCUAUCCUUAAAGACAUGUCAAAAGCUUCCCCUCACUUCUGAUGUGCCGGUCCAAGGCUCUUCCAACCAGCUGUCUUACAUUUGUGAAGGUUGUAUAACUCAGAGCUAUUGAGACUGGAAUCUUAACUGCUUUGGGUCUUUGAGCGUUGUUCUUUGUCAUAACCUAUAGUGCUGGCCAAACGGAGCCACAAAGGCGAGAUUUGAAUCCAUCGCCAAUGUAUGAAUAAUAACCUAGAGCCCAUGUCUGGCUUUUGAACUCCACUAUUGUGGAACGUAUCCCCUACUUCAAAUAAAGCAGUCCUAUAAUGUA